AUGCCAGAAGUGGGCGGAGGAUUACAAUGCAUUCGUAACGCAUCGGAGUCAAUCGUCGAAAUGGAGUCAUCGGGAAAGAGAAGUCAAACGGACACUAACUCCACGACUAUUGAUAAACUCAAAUACACGGACCUGUUUCCGAUCGACGAGAAUGGAUACAAACCAACCAAAGAAUUCUUACUCCAAGUGAUAGAGAUAUGUCUGGACUUCAUUCAAAAAUCAAAUGACAGAACGACUAAAGUAUUGGAUUUUCAUACACCGGAAGAAAUGAAAAAAUUAUUCGACUUUAGUAUACCCGACGAACCCUUAGAUAUCAAACAAAUCGUGACUGACUGUAGAGAUGCUCUCAAAUAUCAAGUGAAAACCGCUCCGAUAGAGAGCCAUAACGUAUCGGUUGUCACCGCUGAGGACUACUUAUUGAGUCGAGCCGUCGUUCCCAACACUAACGCUGGCCUAUUGUCUCCAUUUGUGCCUCUCAUAGCCUAA